GAGGGUGGGGAUGGGAAGAGAUGGUGUGAUACUCUAAUUGUCCCAAGGAAGUGCAGCUGUAAUGCCGCGUGGCUUUUGGUGGCAUGCGCAUGACGUAAGCUGUGGAGAACAGGCCUUGGAGCUAAGGGUUGUAUCUUUCUGUUUGUUAGGACGUGUUGUGCUCCAGCCUGUAUCAGGUCAGGAGAUCAAAGUGCACCACGGGGUACUUGCACCUGGCAGCCUGUUGGAUCACGGCUCGCCUUUAGGCUGCUGCUACCGUUGAUUUGCAGUACUCUUACAAACGUGAACUCUUUCUGCAUUUCCCAAUGCAUUUACUGUUUUGUAAUAUUCCUCCUGUUGGCAGAAGUGGUAACUUAAUACACAGUGAGAAUGCUUCUGGCAUGAGGAGUGUAGUCAAUAAGGCUUUUUUCCAAGUUUGACUAAUCACUGUUUUUUGAGUGUUUCAUUGAUAAAUGGUUUCUAUUUCAAACAAAACUUACCCAGUGGGUGUUAUCCUCCAGCGCUGUUGAUCGGAAGAGCACUGCUGAUGGUAGUUGAGCGUGGCUUGUUUGUCUGAGCCGUGGACGCUGUGCCAGGCUUGUGUUCUUCAGUGGUACAGACCCUGCAGCCUGAAGUCUGUGAGCAUGUGGGGGGGUGGGAGUGAAGUAUGGUGGUGAGUGGAGUGAUUAAUGGUGCCCAGUCUGGGCACAUCCUUCCAGUGAGAGCUCCUGGAAGUCAGCUGAGCUCUGUGGAGUGCUGCGGUUUUAUAGGGAGCCACCAAUGAAAGCAAAGGCCUGAACUGAAAAGUCAACAUAAUGCUUUAAACACAGCCUGGUAGGUCAGGAGCUUUUGCUGCAGAUGUAAAAAUGGAAAAAAAUAAAUAAUGCAAUACUGGACUUCUGUUUUCCUUGAUGUUGAUGUCGUCAUUCAUUUUUUUGUCGAAGCUUUAAUGGUUUUUAAGAAAAGAAAUCAAGAGGCAAGCUGUUUCUCAUAUAGAAAGUAUACUUUUUUGAAGUUGACUGGAGAAAAAUACAGAAUUGCUGUUUACUUUUGUUUUGAUUACUGCUGUUUGCAGGGGAGGAGAUGUUUUAGGGUGACUUCCAACACCCUAAUUGAGGCAGCUUAGCAAACAACUCAAUCUCAUCUGAUGUCAGAUUAGUGCUGCUGGUAAUAUUUGCAGCAAGUAAUUUUAUUCCUCUGCCGGUGAUGUAUUGUCUUGGUAAAAUUGAGCUUUGUGCCUCCAAGCAGUGGAGCUUCUUUGAGAAUCCACUGCUUCAGCCCGUGGAUGUGUUGGUGUUCCAGAGAUCUCAGUGUGUUUCCUGUGCUUCUGUUCUUUACUGCCUGCUCAUGGGCACCAUAAGAUUUUGCAUUGCCUUGUCAUACAGUGAGCUUUUUCACAAGAAGAUAAAACAAAACCAAAUUAAGCUAGCUCUCUUUGCCCUCAUGGACUUUUUCAUUGAAUUUGCAUGCAUGCAUGCAAGGACAGCAGCUGGUGAUAAUUAUUUAAAAUUGGUAGGAUUCUUGUGAUGGUCAGUUAUGUCCUAGGUAGCGGCUAGCGCUUUCUGAAGAUGAGCGUGGAACAGACUUCAAGUGAAGUAAGAGUUUCACACGACAAACAUAAUGUAAAUAAUCUGUUUGCCUUGUUGUAGUUUUGCAGCUUUACUUGAACUCUGUGCAUGUUUACAAAUGCUUCAAAAUCAAGGCACUUGCAGAAGCUGGAGUAGGAAAAAAAAUGGGACGUUAUCAGAAAGUCUACUAUUACAUUGUAGUAAUACAGUUAAGAUGCUAUUUUGUUGAGCUGGUAACUCACAUGACAUUUGAAAUAAAUAAAUAAAAUUCUAAGCAAUCUGUUUUAGGAGUGUUACAGGAGUAGAAUCAUAGAAGCCCAGAAUUGUUUGAAUUGGAAGGGACCCUUGAAGGUCAUCUAGUCCAACUCCCCUUCAGUAAAUGGGGACCCCUACAGCUAGAACAGGUUGCUCAGAGCCUGGUCCAGCCUGACCUUACAGUACACUGUAAGGAGAUGAUAAGGCCCAAGUAGUAGCAUUACCAGUUUCUGUACUGCUUAUUUAUAAAGGACACUGUGACAGACCCUCAUUUCCACAUGGAUUAGGUUUGGCACAAGAAAACAGCAGAUUGUUUGGUUUGGCUUGUACUCAUUUCCCUAUCGUAAGAGGGUUAAUGUGACUGAGGAGCAUCCUGACAUUCCCUCUCCAUGCUUCUGAUAGGCUUUGCUUUCAUCUGAUGUACAGUGUUUUGUAGGCUUUAUUCACAAGGAAAAUUAUUUUCUCAUCCCUCAGAAGCCUGCUGCUGUCAAGAACUGCCUUUGUUUAGGACGAUAUUAUUAUCAGUAUAGGCUAGAGUUCAUACUUAAGUGUCUGUGUAAGUGCCAACUUAAGUAGGUUUAGAAUCUAGCACCUGUAAAACUGCUUCACCGGAAGCCGAUGUGGAUAUUCAUGUAUGUGGUUCUAAUUCCCUUUUAUUUUGCUUGUUCUCAAAUGCAAAGUGUAAUUUUUGGAAGAUUAAAGCUGUCGCAUUGCUUCUUGGUAGCACCUCCCUGGUGGGUUUCAACUUUUGACCUCAGUGUCGAUCAGUGUUGGUACUAAACAGGAAAAGCAAUGUCCUUGUAGAGAAAGAGACUUUAUAUGCUCAAUUCGCAUUGGUUUAUGUGAAAACAAAACAGCAGAAAGUGUCAAGGAAAUCGGAAUAGAGACCUGCGGUUUGCAAGAGGAAAGCCUGAAAGCUGUGGUUGGUUAUCAGAAGCACUUGCAGUAGAAGUAGUCAUGUGUUGACAAUAGGAGGGUGGAGGUUUCAGCGCAGUGAACACAAAGUGAACAAUAAGAAUUGUUGCAGGAGUUCUGGUUGGGGAUGAAAGACUGAAAUGUAUCUAUGAAAUACUCAUAUUCUGUGCUGGAAGGAAACUGCCUGUGCAUCCUUCAGAUGUGAAUAAAUGGCUUUUUAGACUUUGGGCCUUUUGGUGUGGUGUCCUUAAAGAACGUUCAAUUCAUGCAGUAUGUUACGAUGAUUACAAUGCAAUUGUGAUCCUAAAUAUAAUCCCAGAUGUUACAGGGUCUAGCUUUCUGAGCUGACUUCAAGAUACUGUAGCUGUUAGAUAGCAUGUAUAAUUCAGAAGCAAUGUAUGCAGUAUCUUUGUGGAGGGCACUAACCUCAUUCUCUCUGUCAAUUUUCCUGCCAUGCGGUGCCAAUGCCAUAUUGCUACCUGUGCUGGAAGAGGUCUCAUCUACCCUCUGUGCCAGAUGGAAACAGAGAGGAAGGGAAGAAGGCAGACCUUUUUGGAAAAUGAACACUACCAAAUGUAUUCUAAAGCCUUGUGGUGCUGUUCUUUCCCAUUACUAUUGCAAAGACAUCUUUGAGAUAGGGGAUAGCUACUGAGUUAAAACCUAUGAAGCCGUACACUUCAGUUUUCAUCCUCCUGUGGAGCGCUGUUGGGAUAGCGAGGGCUGCCAAAAUUGUUGUUGUGCCGCCAAUUAUGUUUGAAAGCCAUCUUUAUAUUUUCAAGACUCUGGCCUCAGCCUUGCAUGACCAAGGUCACCAGACAGUGUUUCUCCUCUCUGAGGGCAGAGAGAUUCCUCCAUCUAAUCACUAUAGACUUAAGCGCUACCCAGGGAUCUUUAACAGCAGCACAUCGGAUGACUUUCUCCAGUCCAAGAUGAGGAGUAUCUUCUCUGGGAGACUGACGGCCCUGGAACUGUUCGACAUCCUGGACCACUAUUCGAAGAACUGUGACAUGAUUGUUGGCAACCAAAACCUCAUGCAUGCCCUGAAACAGGAAAAAUUUGACCUGCUCCUGGUAGAUCCCAAUGAGAUGUGUGGAUUUGUUAUAGCUCACCUUUUAGGGGUUAAGUAUGCCGUCUUUUCCACUGGCCUCUGGUACCCAGCAGAAGUGGGUGCUCCAGCUCCCCUCUCUUAUGUUCCAGAAUUUAACUCACUACUUACAGAUCGCAUGAACCUAUUUGAGAGGAUGAAAAAUACUUUUGUGUAUGUUAUUUCAAGAUUUGGAGUCAGCUUUUUGGUUCUGCCAAAAUAUGAAAGGAUAAUGCAGAAACACAAGGUUCUGCCAGAACGAUCUAUGUAUGACUUGGUUCACGGAUCCAGCCUGUGGAUGCUUUGUACUGAUAUAGCGCUGGAGUUUCCAAGACCAACGCUACCGAAUGUUGUUUAUGUGGGAGGAAUCCUAACCAAACCGGCCAGCCCUCUGCCAGAAGAUCUCCAAACAUGGGUGAACGGUGCUAAUGAAAAUGGCUUUGUCCUCGUGUCGUUUGGAGCUGGAGUGAAAUAUCUGUCAGAAGACGUUGCAAACAAGUUAGCACGUGCUCUGGCAAGACUGCCGCAGCGAGUUAUUUGGAGGUUUUCAGGAAACAAACCAAGGAAUCUAGGAAACAAUACAAAGCUUAUAGAAUGGUUACCACAAAACGACCUUCUUGGUCACCCUAACAUAAAAGCUUUUCUUAGUCAUGGUGGUUUGAACAGCAUUUUUGAAACCAUGUACCAUGGGGUCCCAGUGGUGGGAAUUCCCCUUUUCGGAGACCAUUACGAUACUAUGACCCGAGUGCAGGCCAAAGGCAUGGGAAUAUUGUUGAACUGGAAGACUGUCACUGAGAGUGAAUUGUAUGAAGCACUAGAAAAAGUUAUUAAUGAUCCAAGCUACAGGCAACGGGCUCAGAGGCUGUCUGAAAUUCACAAAGACCAACCUGGUCAUCCUGUUAACCGGACUGUGUACUGGAUUAACUACAUCCUCCGUCACAACGGAGCGCAACAUCUACGUGCCGCUGUUUACAGCAUCUCUCUAUAUCAGUAUUUCUUACUGGAUAUUGCCUUUGUUGUAUUAGUGGGUGCUGCCUUAUUUUAUUAUAGUUUGGCCAAGCUAACAAAAUUUAUCCGCAAACAAGGCAAACAUAUUUGGUCAAAUGAUGAACAUAGCACUGUUAAUGGACAUUACCAGAACGGGAUACCAAAUGGCAAGCAUAGAAGAAAUGGCCACAUUAAGCAUGAAUAAAAGGUGAAAUGAGCCAACCCCUCAUGUAAAGUAAUUGAGUUUUAUCGCUGUAACUUAGUCUAACAACUACUUAAAACAUCAAUAAGCAGUUCUAACACUCCCCUUCAGUAUGUAAUAAUAUGUGACAAAAUUCUAUGGAACUAAGGAACAUAUUUAAAAAAAAAAAAAGAAAAAAAACAACCAAGCACAACCUAAAAUGGAAAUAUUUUAUUCUUAAUACUGAUGCAGAAAGGUUAUUUUGGCACUGAAGUUUUUAGAAGCCUUAAUCCUCUAAAGUUAUAUGAUGACCAUAUUUAUGAAUUUUCAGUUUUUUAAAAGCUAAAUGUGUGUCCCAAAUGAGGAAAGGUCUCUUUUUAUUUGCAGAGUUUUUUUUUCCUUUUAUUUUUUUAUUAUUAUAUCCAUCUUUAGCUGAGAGAACUUAGUGCUAGCUCUGUGUUUCAUAUGUUGAAGGCUCAAUAUGUAUAAGAAUGCUGUUUAAAAAAAAAAAACAAACAAUAAUUCCCGAUGCUUGUGCAAGAAAUAGGAAGUUGCAAACUGAGAACACAGACAUUAAAAAAAAAAAUUCUUAAAAUAAGCACUGAAGAAAAAUGGCAAAAAUGUAUACUAUGUUUUCUGGUAAGCUGCAUGACUCUUCUGCUCACUACCAGUGCUUUAGAGAAAAGAGUAGUGAGCAAGUCUACAAUAAGUCUUAAUUUUUAAUUUAUACAAAAUUGUAUUUGUUGCCUUUCUCUACAUGUGUAAUUUAUGCCAUGAAAAUGUUAGGGAAUUCUAUUUCAGUUUAAAUACGGCUGUGUGGGAAGUAGAUUUGCAUAAUUGAAAUAAAUGAAACAAAACAAAAAAAUAUCCACCCCUGUGCUUAAUGCAGAAGGUUUUGUGAUGGCCCAAAGCAGUGCAGAAUCGAACUGUUAUUUGGGAUUUAAGAAACAAACAAGAAAAUGCUAAAAGAUGAAUGUCCUUCCUAUUAAUUUGCAUUAUUUUUCUGUUGUUUUUUUUGUUUUGUUUUGUUUUUUUCUAAUUCACAAUGUUGUAGAUGUUCUCUUUCAAUGGUUGUAUCUGAGAAACUAUUACCUUCUCUUAGUCUGGGCCGCGCAAUCCGUACUUCCCAUAGUUGCCAAUGUCCCUUCUGAGACCAUGGGGCAGGAGGCUGCCUGCUGGGAGGCACCAACCUCCGGUUUAAGACUCAGUGGGAGGCACGACACAGAGCGCAGCCGGGCCGGUGCAAAGUGUGGGGCAGCUGUGCCUCCUGUCCCCAGCUCCGGACCCUCCCUGCAACAAUCUCUUUCAAUCACUGCAGCUGACAUGGGAACCCUGUGGUGGUGCAGUACAAACCCAGGGCAGGGAGGCAGGGCACCUAGCGGCGAAAUCAGCAUGGCCCUGCCAAACCGGAGUUGGCAACUAUGCAUUUAUUUCCAUGUCAUUCUGUUUACUUGGAAUUUGCACUACACACGUUGUGAGUGUAUGCUUUAUUUAUUUGUAGUUUGAAUUCCCAUGCCUGGAAGAGGAAAGAAGGAAACCCAUUUUACUUAGUGUUGUUCACUAACAUGGGAAGAGUUGUGACGAUAACAGAGUGCUGAGAUCAUCCUCAUACACAGUGAUGCAAUAUUUCAUUACCAUUCCAUCAGGAGCCUCUAUCCUAUAGCAAUAAAUAACAAUACAGAUAUCUUUCUAAUACGCGGUACAGUUACUUGUACUGCAUUCUGAAUACUUGAAGAAAAUGGUGUUAUAAAUAAGCCUAUUAGCUAUACCUUUUUACAAUCUUACAGUUUGUGUCAACUAAAGGAACACAAGGAGGCGAUGAAUGGUGGGAUGGUAGUAAGACUUCGAGUGUAUGAAUGACUUGGUUUAAAUGUUUUUUUUUUUUUUGCAUUGAAGGUACAAAAGCACUGACCGGAUGAUUAAGCGUAAUUUAAUCUCCACUGUGAUAAAACUUAAGCAAUAAACAUGAAUUUAAUAGAGAAAA